AUGUCUUGGAUAGCCAGCCAAGCUCCAAAACAGUCCUAUGCAACAUGCCCAGAAGAAAAUAUCAAAGGAAGAUCGAUUGACAAGAACAAGUGGAUCAGCACAAGGUGACAUAGCUGUGCUUUUGUAAAUACUACAUUAGCCUGUAUUAACAAAAUUAUACAUCAAAUUCAAGAGUUAGAAUUAAAGGAGGAAAAAUGCUUUCAACAUGUACAUUCAUGGUUGAAAACGGCCAAAUCUGUGAUAACAAAACAGUUCAGUGCUGACUCUGUUGAAGAUAUCUGGUCAUCAUUAUCCACUAAGUUGGAUUUUAAAGAAGCUGACGUAACUUAUGAAGAGGUGAAGAAAGAAGUUGGAAUUAAGAGUAUGGCAAAGACGUUAACUUUGAAGCAGGAAACAGAAGCUUUGCUAUUGGAAGUUACUGAGCUAAUUAAGCAGCUGGAGGCUGAUAGUGAGGAGGGAGAAAAAGCUUUGGAGUUGAAGAAAUAGCGAAGGAAAAAGCUCGGCAUGAAAAUUGAUUGUAUGUCACUUUGGAGGCUUCAGCAACUCCUCGCAGAUGUGCAAAAGGGAUAUGAAAUGUGUGUUCAAGAUAUCUUGGAGCUAUGAUGGCAUUUUCAUAGUAAAAGCUGUCAGCUGCCACAGGUACAAAACCAAAUACAAGAAACAGCCAACUGAGAGAUGCGGGAGAAUAUAGACUCCAUGAAGAAACACAGCCCUCUGCUGGAAGAAAAGCUGAAUCUAAAGGGUGAAACUGUGAAGGAUAUGUUACUGGUGUAUGAAAAGGCAUCAAAAAUAUACAGUGAUGUUCAUUGGGAACUCAUUGGAAAAACCUUUGCAGGUUUUUCCAAAACUUGGCAUGAAGUCAUAGGGAAUGAGUUAAAGCAUUCUGAAUUUAUUUGGACCGAAUACUGUAUGAAGUUAAAAGAAACAGAGGCGAAGAUUAUAAAGGAUGAAAAACACCUUGAGGAGUUAGUGAAGCAAAAAGCAGAAAUCCAGGAAGAUGCAAAAUGUUGGAACAGCAAAAUAGAAUAUGUGGAUAGUAAAAUAGCAGCCCAAGGAGAUGAGAGUGUAAAAAUAUUGGAUGCUAUUUCUAAGAUUAUAAAAACUGUGGAAGAAUUAAAAUCCACCAAGGAAAGUGAUCUACUGAAUAUAAAGCAAAAGAUUCUGAAUAAUAAUGAAGCACUGGAGAGUUUGAAAUGUAAACAUUAAGAACUUGAGAGAGAAAUUGAAGAGUUUUUGAAAAAAAUCAUAAAUAGUUUCUUCUGCCUUUGGACACUAGGAAAUCAAGAAAUGCAUGUGAAAGUUCAGAUUCAAGACACAGAGAAUGGUUAUGACAAGUUCCCGAAUUUAGAGUGGAAUCUUAAAAUAGAGGUUCAAAAUCAAAAAGAAGUUUGAAAAGUGACUCUGAUAAGUAUUGAUAUUUCUUUAGCUUCUCUGACUGAAAUCCCAAGUUUGGCAUCACCAAAUGGAGUGCUCCAUCUGCAUCCAUCCUUUGGCAGAUGGAUUCCAUCAGCUAUCUUCUGCAAGGAAGAUCUCCUGUGUGGAUCAGAUCUGUGUGGAUCAGAUGAGCUAGAUAAAGAGCAGAAGCAAACCGAACAACAAGUUGGAAAAAAAAAAAGGGGUAUUAUGCAGCAACAAUUAAAUGACAUAGAGGUGAAUGCUUUUUUAAUUCCUAGUUAAAUUAUUAAAAACUAUCACACUAUGGAAAACCUAAAAAAUGAAUUUGGAUAAUUAAAUGAGUUCUGGAACAUGAAGCAAAUACAGAUAGAAAAUACAGAAAAAUGUUUUGCUGAUCUAACAAAAGUUUUAAGUGGUGUGAUGUUUAAGCAACAAAAUGUUCAGAUGGCAUUUAACAAUCUCCAAGAAGCAGAAUAUGAGAAAAGGUUAAAGCAGUAAGAAAAAACAUAUGGAGAAUUUCUGCCCAAGGGUAGAAAGAAAAAAAAAUGCAGUGCCCCAACUUCUGGAGUUUCUCUGGAUCAAAUCAUUAAAGAAAAUCUGUGGUUAGUUCAGGAAUAUAAAAUCUUUCAUAACUACUACUUAAACAGUAGAGAUCUUACAGAAUUCUACGACAAUAGUAUCAGGUUGGAAGCUGCUGCUAGAGACCAUCAGCAGCUGCAGGCGCUACAGAGGCGGUGGAGCAGGGACUCACUGGCGGCAUGGUGGAGCCGGAGCGGCCUCUCCAGCCACGCUGGGCUGGCGAGGAUCCAGGCAGCCUCUCAGGAGAACGCUCAGAAAAUAUUAGCUGUGCAGGGGGAGUUGUCAAAAGCAAUCCAGCACAUCACCGCUUUCUUGUGCUCUUUGACCGAUGGCUUGCCGACUGCAGACAACAAUGCAAACAACCAGUGUACCUUGGAUGCUGAAAUAAAAGACAAGAAAAGUCACACAGUUCAGAUAACAGUGUAAUUGGACAUUCACCUGUUUGCCAUUUCACACUUCCAUGGACGAAAAACUCACUCACCUCCCAGCAUGCCUUGCCAUUCUUUUACUUACAGCAAAUCCAUAACAAUGAAACAGGUGACUUUCAUGCUGCUGUCAGGAACGAUCUAAUUUCAGCUCUGGGUGACUGAUUGCAAUUGGCUUUGCCUCAUCUGAUAAUUAAUCUAUGUCACCAUUAAUUGGAAGAGAGAAUAAUUACUGGCGGUGUUGACAGUGACUGUACGCUUCCCCAGAUUUCCCCACUGUGUUGGCCCAAAUAAAGGCUUUGCAAUUCAGUACUUAAAGUUUAUGUAAACUGGAACAAUACCUAUGCCCAUGUGACACUUGCAGACACUCUGUCUAAUGUACUUUUGUUUUUGUGUUUACCAGUCUUUUUUAGCUCUCUGAGAGCUGUCUCCCUCAAUCACUCCUCAAUGUUCUAUCUUAAUUUUGUGGAAGUUUAAAGUUUUCAAUGAGCUGGAGAUGAAUGAUUAAUGAAUAAAUUUAAAUGCUUCAUUUUGUC